CGGCUGCUGGGACUAUGGCCAGCUCUUCGGUGUCCAAGGGCUGUUUUGUGUUUAAACCAAACUUCAAGAAGAGAAAGAUCUCUGUGCCAAUAGUUGCGUUCCAAAGCGCUGGUCAAAAGAGUGAACAUAUACCCAAGACUGUGUUCUCAGAGGAAAUAUAGACAUAUCUUCAGAAGGCAAUUGGAAAAGGAAUAUUUUAAAAAAGGGAAAAAUGAGUCUGAAGAUAGUAAGCUUCGAUUUGAAACUUAUCACUUAAUAUGGCAACAGAUGAAAUCAGAAACUGAGCAACUACAAGAGGAUUUAAAUAAAAACCUGUUCAAUAAUCUGAUUGAAUUUCUGCAAAAGUCUCAUGCUGGAUUCCAGAAGAGUUCAGGGGACUGGGCCUGUCAAAUAAAACUUAAAGAAAUUCCAACAGCUGCUCUUGUUCUUGGUGUGAAUGUCACAGAUCAUGAUUUAAUAUUCAGAAGUCUAACAGAGGCCCUUCACAGUAACAUCACACCAUAUGUAGUCUCUUUGCAAGCUAAAGAUUGUCCAGAUAUGAAACAUUUUUUACAAAAGUUGGUCUCACAGUUAAUGGACUGCUCUGUAGAUACAAAACCCAAAGAAGGGGAAAAUGUUGAGGUUGCCCAGAAAAAGACACACUGUUCAAUGGAGUCGCUUUCCAGUUGGUAUAUGACUGUCACACAGAAGACAGAUCCAAAAAUGGCAAGCAAAAUGAGGACUACUUCUAGUCAAUGGCAGUCUCCUCCUGUUGUGCUUAUAUUGAAGGAUAUGGAAAGCUUCACCACAAAAGUACUUCAGGACUUCAUAACUAUCACCAGUCAACAUCUCCAUGAAUUUCCACUAAUACUGAUUUUUGGAAUCGCCACAUCUCCUAUCAUCAUCCACCGACUGCUUCCUCAUGCAGUCUCAUCUCUGUUGUGCAUAGAGCUGUUCCAGUCCUUGUCUUGCAAAGAGCACCUGACCACAGUCCUUGACAAGCUACUUCUUACAACUCAGUUUCCCUUUAAAAUAAGUGAGAAAGUGUUACAAGUGCUCACCAACAUCUUUUUAUAUCAUGAUUUCUCAAUUCAAAACUUUGUAAAAGGACUUCAGCUUUCUCUAUUAGAGCAUUUUUAUUCCCAGCCCUUAAGUGUUCUGUGCUGCAGUCUUCCAGAAGCCAAGAGAAGAAUAAAUUUUUUAUCAGUUAACCAAUGUGAAAACAUCCGACGUCUUCCAUCAUUUAGGAGGUACGUGGAAAAACAAGCUUCAGAGAAGCAAAUUGCACUACUGACCAAUGACAGAUUUUUGAAGGAGGAAACACAAUCACUACUAGAGGACCUAUAUAUCUACCAUGUGAAUUACUUCCUGGUUUUGAGAUGUCUUCAUAAUUUCACCUCUUCUCUUCCCAAAUACCCACUGGGCCGACAGAUCAGAGAGUUGUACUGCACAUGUUUAGAAAAGAACAUAUGGGAGUCAGAGGAGUAUGCAUCAGCCUUGCAGCUGCUGAGGAUGUUGGCAAAGGAUGAACUGAUGACUAUUCUUCAGAAAUGUUUCAAAGUUUUUAAUUCCUCUUCUGAAAACCAGCUUGGCAGCACAAGAAAGAGAAUAGAGGAGUUCCUGGCCCAGUUUCAGAGCCUUGGUGAUGCCAAAGAGGAAGAUGCUUCCGGGUCACAGCCCAAGGAGCUUCCGAAGACAGACCUCUAUCAUCUUCAGAAGUCCUUACUGGAAAUGAAGGAGUUAAGAAAAUCAAGUAAGAAGCAAACCAAGUUUGAAGUACUCAGAGAAAAAGUUGUGAAUUUCAUUGACUCUUUAGUAAGAGAAUACCUUCUGCCUCCUGAGACGCAGCCGCUCCAUGAAGUGGUGUACUUCAGUGCGGCCCACACUCUCCGGGAGCACUUAAAUGCUGCUCCGCGAAUCGCCCUCCACACUGCACUCAACAAUCCUUAUUAUUAUCUAAAGAACGAAGCACUGAACAGUGAAGAGGGCUGCAUUCCAAAUAUUGCCCCUGACAUCUGCAUAGCAUAUAAACUGCAUUUGGAGUGUAGUAGACUGAUCAACCUUGUGGACUGGUCAGAGGCUUUUGCAACAGUUGUGACAGCUGCUGAAAAAAUGGAUGUAAAUUCUCCGGCCUCAGAAGAAAUGAAUGAAAUAAUCCAUGCCCGGUUCAUUAGAGCUGUUUCUGAGCUAGAACUUUUAGGAUUUAUAAAGCCUACCAAACGGAAGACUGACCAUGUGGCAAGGCUAACAUGGGGCGGCUGCUAAAAAGGAAAUAAGUGAAGCUUCAAUUACCACAUUUUGCUUAAAGAGAAAAAUGAGACCAGUCAUAUUUAUAUGCCACUGGAGAAGACUAUUUUUGUGACAAAAAUGUAAUCCCCUUAUGUUUAAGCAGAAAGUACACUGCUAACCCCAAACAGGUGUAUAUUAAAACUUCGGAGUAGUUUAGAAUCCAACAAAUAACACGCUUAAAUUAUAAUUAAAACCUCUCAAACAUUAUUGUACUUUCCACAGUCGAUAUUAAAUUACAAGUAAAUCUUCUGGAUCACAUAUAUAAAUACAGUAAGUUUCUUCAUCCAGGAAUAUACAUGAUGGGGAGCAGUGCUCCUUCCUCUACCUCUCAUUUUUUGCACUGGCAUUUGUCACUGUCGGCCCUCAAGUACAUGAGUAUCCUACAAGGUUGUUUCUUCUGGUGACUACUAGACUGCUUUUGCCUCCCAUUCCCUUUAGUCUUAAAACUUGCAAGGUUCCAAGCUGUUUGGCCUUAAAGGUAGUAAAUGUUGUACUUCUGGAUGACCCAUCAUGGAAUCUUACCGGCAAUAAAAAUAAAUUUCUGUUAUGUGAAA